CUGGCAACUUCUCGAAUUUCAAAAUCAAAUUUUUGAUCACCGCCGACGGGACGACCACCCAAAAAAACCGCGCGAUUCUAUGGCAGAUUCGGCGCCAAGGCGACUGCGGCUUCUUCAUGCGGCGGCGUUCUUCAUUUCCGCCGCCAUUUUCAGCAGCUGUGUUAAUUCCGACGAGGAGAAAUCUCUCGUCUCGCGAAUUGCCUUCGGUUCUUGCUCCAAGCUCACCAGCGCUUCCGAUCAGCCUCCUAUAUGGAAUUCAAUUUUGGAGUGCAAUCCCCAUUUAUUUAUCUGGUUGGGGGACAAUAUAUACGGUGACAUUCGGCGCCCCUUUAGGGUUUUUGGCAAAGAGAGAACGAUUGGGCCAUGGAAGAAUGUUCCGCGAUUUGUACCUUCAUCAGAGCAGGAAAUGAAAACCAAAUAUUCCAUAGCCAAGAAUGCUCCUGGUUAUUCAGCUCUUCGUCACAAAAGCAAGGUUAUUGGAACUUGGGACGAUCAUGAUUAUGGGUUGAAUGAUGCUGGAAAAGAAUUCGGUGCCAAAGAUACUAACCAAAGGCUUCUCCUGGAUUUCUUGGAUGAACCCCUCGAUAGUCCACGACGCAAACAAGCUGGUGUAUAUGCGUCAUACACAUUUGGUCCUAAGGGUAGACAAGUAAAGGUUAUUCUUUUAGAUACUAGGUACCACAGAGACACUCUAUUUAGUGAUGGAAAUGUCCUAGGAGAUUUGCAAUGGAAAUGGUUGGAGGAGGAAUUACGAGGUCCUGCCACAGCCAUAACUAUUGUUGGAUCUUCUAUCCAGGUCAUAUCGAACCUAUCGGCAAUGACUGGCCCUUUGUUUUACAUGGAAUCUUGGGGUCGUUUUCCUCGAGAAAGAACUCGACUUUUUAAGUUGAUAUCUGAUAGUAAGAGGGAAGGGGUAUUCUUCAUUAGUGGAGAUGUUCAUUUUGGGGAGAUUACUAGACAUGAUUGUGCUGCUGAAUACCCAUUGUAUGAUAUAACAUCUAGUGGGAUUACCCAGGGGGUGGAAAAGGCUGUCCCGCCUCCGCUUAAUUUGCUGGUGAGAUUUGUGGCACGCCUGAUUCCAACUACUAUGAGAGUGAUAGAUAGAAGCUGCCGAUACAGUUCGUGUACAUAUGGGAAGCCGAAUUUUGGAACUAUUGAGAUAGACUGGGAUGCUGAUCCGGUAAAUUUGAAAUUCAAAGUGAGGGAUGAGAAAGGAGAACCUGUUAUUGGAAUAGAUGUCUCUCUUUCGCAACUCAAAGCCCAUUCAACGGAGUCUAAGUUAACUGAGAAAGAAGGGAAGUAUAAGAAAUACUGUACGCCUGAGGUCGAGCUGUCCUGGAUUGUCCGACAUCGUUUAGUUAUCUUGUUCUCUAUUGCUUUUGCAGUGGUGCUGCUUUCUUUCAUGGGUGUAUCGGUUGCUGUCAUAUUAUUAUGUGUCCGGUGCUUCCACAAAUGUAAGGUUGAUUGAUGAAUUGGUAGUUUGACGUUGAAUCAGUCUUGCUUUGCUCAUAGAUAUAUCAAGUUGAAAUAGUUUUCCACUGUUUUAUACACUAUUGAUGUUCCCUGCGUACGGAGGAAGCAUUACGCUUAAACACUUCUUAGCUAAAGUAAUUACUGGGCAAUGGCCCAUCUUAAUCUGCUCAUGAAGGAGCUGCAAAACUUGUGACUACCUAAGGGAAGCUUGUGUCGAAAUGAGGCUUUGCAUCGGCUGCUAUGUUUUCUUCCCAGUGUAGGUGUGAAUAAUCUGCACACUCUGGUGGAGCCUGAGGAGUGCUUUAAUUCUGUUAUAAAAGGGUGCUGUUCACCCACUCAUCAUUGUCAUCCCGCAAAAGGUCAGACUGCCUCUUUCCUCUCCAUCUCAAGCUGGUAUUUCUUGUAUUCAGAUUUCCACCCUUUAUAUUUUGAAGCCCUAAAAGCUCCCAAAAGAGAUGUAGACUGGUAACGUUCAAUAUCUAAUCAAACGUAUGAAAAACUACAAGCCCAGACUGGUGAUGCUAGUACGUGGGUGUAUUCAUCGGGUUUGACUCUUGUAAAAGAAUUAAAACCUGUAACUGAUCAAACAGUGAUCUUUCUAUGGGUGAAUCAUGAAAAUUUACGUGUAGUUCUGUUAAAUGAAUGGUUUUAGUCAAUGAUUCAUAAGUUACAAUCAAUGUUUACAUAAAUAGAAUGUGACUGAAGUGCGCUUUAUGCUAAAGCCAACACGAGAUUAUCAACCUAUACCUUGAAGCCCAACAUCUAUUAGUCAACUUGCUGUAUUGCAAUGCUGUUGUACCAUUGGCAGAUGUUACAAAAUUUACCUUGUGUGGUCGGUUUACCUUAUAGUUUU